AAUCGUAAAUCCGUUUUGCUGUAGUUUUACAAGAUGCUCAGGGCAUUUGAAACGGUAAUACUUUGAAACGAGUCGACUGCGCUUUUAUUUUGGUUGUUACCAACGCAAUUUUAUUACAAAGAUGGACAAAAGCUGAAAAUAAGUCCUUAGUUCAAUUAGAAAUCGCCAACACUGACAACCGAAAUGUGCUUUUUCCUAAAAGAAUUACCUUUAUUAACAAUUUUUACUCUGUCUAAUUAAAAAUUUGAGUGUACCAAGCCAUAUUACUUAUUCACUAUUGUAUUGUUUAGUGUAACAGCCAAACAUAAACUUUGUUUAAAUUGUGGAUUUAUUGAUUUAGAUAUAAGAUUUUUAUGACAUCACCCAAACGUUAUUUAUGAGCUUAACAAAAAAGUGGGACUUACCAAUUUAGCUUUAAAAAACCGAUUUAUCUGGAACCCGUGCACGUGUAAUUAAAAUUCCGUGUCAACUAAUCACUUGCCCAAAAAUGUACCAGAAACAAUUUAUUACAUUCCAGUUUUUUUGCUGCCACUUCCAUGAGUUUAUUUGCCGGAUACCGAUAAUAGAACUGAAGGUGUUUUAAUUUGAUGCAUUAGUGUAGGGCGGUGUUUUUGAACUUGGUAGUAAAAAAAUCCGUUAAGAAAUUCGAAAGGAUAAAGUGUUCAGGAAACGUCUUACUGUAAUGUUCUUCCGAAAAAAGUAAGAUCAAACCUACUUUAAAAUGUUCAAAUAUUUUUAAAUAUAUGGGUUUUGUAUUAUUUUCUAACUUCUAAGCAGCUACUCGUUUUGUAGGUAUCUAUGUAUUAGGUGUGUUUGAGAUAUUUAAGAAUAUCAGGCGUGAACUGAAAAGUGAUCAGUUUAACUUACUAUAUAACACUAAUAAACAUCUCUAAGUGUCACUGACAUGAAGUAGCGUGCAAAUGGUUAAUGUCAGGUUACCACUUGGAAAGUAGGUAGUGCUUUUACGUCUUCUAGUGUAUUAUUAUAUUUAUCAUAUGGAGCGCACCGCCGGUUCAUUCAUUAAUUUGUUCACAGUUGAAGUGCUAAUGACAGAUAUUGGGUCUCAUUCUCGCCAAGGGAUAAUUGUUCUUAUGACAGUAAUUUCACGAAAUUACUCUCCAUUGGCAACCGUAAUUGUAUGUUUUUACGCAACGACUAUUGGAUUUAAAGUUUUUUUUAAAUAAUGGGAUGGUUCCUGACUUGUUGGUGACACUUGAAAUAUUUUUUUUACAGUGUGUGUAACUCUUAUUUUUUUCAUCAAAAGCUGCAGUUCUCGUAUUUGGAAUUUGGCCGCUUUUAUUAUUCAAGAAGUCGUACAUCACACAUGGGACAUUAAUAUGAUUUAUCCUCGAGAUACGAGAUACAAUUGGAAACCGCGCGAUCCAAGGUGCCUCGGUAACAGAUGGAGCGUGGGAUUUUUUGCUCGAAAUGAGAGCGUGUUCAUUUUAGGGCCCGUAAUGAAAUGUUUAAAACCAUAUUUUAUAGUUUCAGAAAAGUCUUGGAAUCAGUUGGUUGACAGUAAGGACGAGUUCUAUUUCAUCUUUAUGGCAGGAGCCUGUUAUUGCGACCGUUUGGUAUAUUGUGCCUAAAUACUCGGGUAGAUAGAUUCAUGUUUGACUUAACCGUAUUAAAUGUAAUAGAAAAUGAAGAUGGCUGCUCGAUGUAGCUUAAUGGUGCAGUAUCUUUGACACUCUUGAAAUGUCAAAAGUUGUAUGUUUCAAUCUGGGGUUUAAAUCUCCAUGAAUGCCAUGUACGAGCAUUGCGAACCAGACAUAAUCACUUAAAUCACGAGUUGCGGUACGGGGAAAACUCAACCACAAAUGGAGCAAAUAUGGAAUGUGGGACUGAUGAGCGAGCGAGUAUAAAAUAAAAAUGCGUCUGCAAACAGUGAUCACUUUAGCUGCGAUUUUGACAUGUGAUGCUAAGUUACCGACACAUAAAAGCCACAUUCAACCAAAUGAAUUGCCUCCAAAUCCAACGCAAAAUGCUCAAGCGCUGCGACUAUUAGACGUCCAAGCAAAGAGUGCUAAAACUAGUAGAAUUGUGAACGAAUAUAAGCCGAGACAUAGGCGAGAUGUGUUUGAUUCAAAAAGUUACAAUGAAUCUAGUUUAAUAUGGGCACAUUCAGAACGCCUAGAUGAAAACGGGGAUGUAGUUCUCCGAUGGGUGAACUCUGAUUCGAGUAUUACCUUUAGGGUUGAAGCGCGAACCCGCGGUUACGUCGGGAUCGGAUUCAACUCUGCGAGGAAUAUGCGAGGAGCAGAUUUACUCGUCGCCUGGGUCGACGAUAGAAACAAUCACGCGCAUGUUUUGGAUUGCCAUGGACUAACGUUCGAAGACAGAGCCGUGGCCGAUGAAGUGCAGAACGUCGAGCUGGUCUCCGGCUACCAGAAUGACACACACACCACUGUCGAGUUCCGAAGGAUGCUGGACACGUGUGACAUACAGGACUUUGUUAUUGGUGACGACACAAUGCAAGUGCUCUGGGCGCUCGGCCCCGACGGCUCCGACGGAGAACUGCCGAAACACGUCAAAAGUGGCUCCAGGCCCCUCAGGCUGCUGCUGCCCGUGUCCAAACCGCAGACCAUACCUUUGAGGCAUUGGGAUGUGCGGAUAAAUAAUCUCACAAUACCCCACGAUAUGGCAACUCUGUUCUGGUGCAAGAUCUUCAAAGCACCCGACCUACCCAUGAAGCACCACAUAGUAGGCUACCAGCCUCUGAUCGACAGCCGACCAAUCAGAGACGGCGUCCCCAUGUUAGAGAAAAAUAGCCUCUCUCCCGUUCAUCAUAUGGUCCUAUACGAAUGUGCUGAGGAUCCCGAUCAGCACUUGUGGAAAGAAUGGGCCAAUCAGGAUGGCUUCUAUGGGCCAAGUAGGCCUAGUGAAUGGGCGACGUGUGUUACGCCGGUUGCUGCUUGGGCUAUCGGGUCUAAAGGCGAAUUCCUUCCGGAAAAUGUCGGCAUCCCGCUGGGCGAGAAAACGGGCGUGUCGUUCUACAUGUUGGAGGUUCAUUACGACAAUCAGGCGCUGCAUGAAGUGUUAGACAACUCCGGCAUAAGGAUCCACUACACACCGGCCCUGCGAGCGCACGACGCGGCCCUCUUAGGGGCCGGAGUGGGGGUGUCCGCGCUCCAUGUGAUUCCGCCUAAACAGAAGCAGUACAGGACCGUUGGCAUUUGUAGCCCCGAGUGUACUAAUAGUACCAUGCCCGAAGAAGGAAUUAACAUCGUAUCCGUCCUUCUCCAUGCGCAUGGAACUGCGAGGAAGAUUUCAUUGAAGCAUGUCAGAGGAAAUAACGAAUUACCGAGAAUAUCAGAGGAAAACUCCUACGAUGUCCGCUAUCAACAAUCCCGCAUCGUGCCGGGAGGCAGAAGAUUUUUGAAAGGGGACACUUUGAUCACAGAGUGCACUUACGACAGUUCCAGCCGCGAUAAGCCUAUUUUAGGGGGUUACUCCGCAUCACAGGAAAUGUGCCUAUCAUUCGUGCUAUACUACCCUCGCACGGAACUGGCAGGGUGUUACUCUAUGACGCCAGUCAAAGAGUUUUUCGAAACAUUUGGCGUUAGAGAGUUCUACGCACUCAGCAUGACCGACGUUGAAAACAUCUUCCUAUCGUCUGGGAAUUUGGAGAACCUGCCACCAAAGAUUGAGUUUGACAUAAGACAACACGCAUCGGAAUCAGAAGCUAUGCAGGGCGAUGACCAAGGUGUAGGACUCAUGAAGGAGCUGAUAAUCCGCGAGCCCGCCGAGUUUCAAAACAAGACGUUCCUAGCGCAUCUCAACCAGAUGCCGUGGUCCGAGUCGGUGCUGACCGAGCAGAUUGAGAAGACGCUGUAUAAGGGCAUGCAUAUGACUUUCUGCAAGAAGAGGGAUGAUAAUUGGGGAGCGCCAAUACAAAUACAGAACUACCCUGACUACGUGGAGCUGGUCAGCAACGAGGCUGCAGAGAAGUCAUGUAACUACAAAAGCGUGUUACCCCAAAACUCCGUUACUAAAUCCGCCAAUAGCAUAAGCAGUUCCUUAAUAUCCGCCAUCUUGGCUGUAUGUACGAUCAUAGUCACGCGGUAAUGAAAAAAAAAACUGUAUUGUUUAAAACACCGAGGCCAAUGAUUUGUUGUUUUUCGUUUUUGUUUAUAUGUACUUACCUACUGCAAAAAAUCUGGAUAAGACUUAAGCUAGAAUAAUCGCUUCUAUAAAAAAAUGGAACAGAUAUUUUUAACCGGAGGAACAAGGCACUACAAAGCAGACGUAAAUAAUACUUUGCUAAGUUUUUGACUAAGACAACUGAUCCCUAAAGUUGGUACAUAUUAAAUCUGUUACAUUUUUAUCAAGAAGUCGAGGCAGGUCAGUCUUUUGUGUACAAUAAAUUACCAAUCUGUGAGAUUUGGAUGAUUUUGUUUUACUCAUACUACUACGAUGUUAGUAUUUAUUUAAUUUACGAACAACUUGUUUUCUAAUAUAAUGAUGUCAGUUUGUAUGAAACAUUUUUAGUUUCGACAAACGUGUGUUAAAUUAUUAAAAAUAAAUAGGAAUUUAUUCCGCAUAGGAAGGCGGGAUUUCUUAGCAUGUUUUUGAUGGAGUAUAUGUAUGUGUGUGAUUUUUGUACUUAUGAGUUUUUGCUCAUGGACACGUCGGCAUGCGAUUCAGUCUUACGUAAAUUUACGUAAAUACUUAGUUUUUUUAAGGCGAGUAACGAUACCAAACGCUUGGUAUUAUUAUAUUAAUCUAUAGUUACACUUAGUGUUGCUUGGACGUUGAUAGAACUUAUCGAUAAUUCUGGAGACUUAUUAUUAUGACUGAUUUUUUAUAAAUUCCGUAGUUGCUUUAUUCUUUGAUAAUAAAAUAAUGCAUUUAUGAAAUAAGUUUUCAAUUCUAAGGGUGGAUUAAAAAUUGCGAAUGUUAUUUUUGUUAGUGGUAUAAAAUUGUGUAAUUUGCGUUCUAUAUUUUUUCAUUAUCUCAUAAAAUUUGUCACAGGAGGUAAUAAUAUUUUGUACAACUAAAUUUCAUUUUUUAAAUAUUUUCUUAAAUAAAAUUUUUGGUUCCAUCCGAAUUGUAAAUAUUUAAAUCAGAUUGUCAUGUCAUGACUAGUUUUUCUCCUUGACAGUUUUACGACAGACCAAUUAAAAUAGAAGUUCCUAUUAAAGUUUUGUUUGAGUGAAUGAGUUGAAAUCAGUAAGUACCAGUAGUGCAUAAUAUUUACAAAAAAAAGAGGAUAGUCGGGUCAUACACAUUCUAUAGCAAACUCGUUCAUGUAUUUCUUUUAGACAUCGCAAACUGAAAGGAAUCUAAAGCUAAUUUUUACGCGGCGCCUUUACAGGCGGGAUAAAUUUUUUCAGUACUCGAGACUCAAAUAUAUCACGGGAUAACCAUGUACCAGAGUCGUUAACUUUUAUUCUUUUGUCCACAGAAGUGACCUUUUUCUAAAAUGUGUUUGACCCAGCACAGCAAAUUGAUUUAAGAAAAUUGUUGUCUGUAACUUAUAUUUUUUGAAUAAAGCAGUUCUUUUUUUCUGCGAAAUAUGUAUUUCACUGUCAAUCACUUAGGGCUGUGCAUGUUAAAUAUCUAUUUUAGAUCUUAUUUUACGACUAAGUUUAAUAACGCAGACAUAAUUUGUAAAAUCAUUUUAAAAAUGUAAAAUAUUUAAAAAUGACAUUAGGUCAACAAUGCAAUUAUAAAAAAAAACAAUGCAAUUAAAAACUAUUAUACAUAGUUGUAGAAUUCUGUACCCAAUGUACCCAAGAAAUAAAUAAGUAAUGUUUUUUCAUCACACUUGCCCAAAAAAGAUCUUAUUUCAUGCAGGUGUACUGAAGGACAAAGGCCAUGUGUUUCCACGGGAGUUAUGCAUUGAGAAAAAAACUAGCUUCUUUAUUACGUCAUUAAUUCAUACGAACCAAGUAGGUUAUAACUAAAAUACUUGAAUAAAGUCAAGGUAUAAAUGAGUUUUACUUUUAAAAUACUGAUGUUCAUAGUUUAUUUAUUUUUGAUUAUUUUUAAAAUUAUUAUAUUUGAUUAAUUGUAUAGCCGUUAAAAUAUAUUCACACAAUUUUCAAUCGUGGUUGAAUGUCGGAUGGAUCAAUGCCUUUGAUGCCUUAUAUGCAUAUUUAAGAAUUGUUUUGCUUAAAAUUUUCUUUUUUUUUCUUUGCAAGUGUGAUGAAAAACGUUGCGUGUAAGUAUGAGGGUAAGAAUAUUGCAAAUACGAGUCUUUGAUUCUUUCCAGCUUGCUGUUGUGAAUCUAUAGACUCGUAUACAAUAUUUCACUAACCCUCCUCGUUCCACAAUGUACUAUUGAGUCAUACUGUGUAGUUGUAUGCAUUGCAUUUUGCUAUUAUGUGUAAUUAUAUCAUCAUAAGGUUAAGUAGUUUAUAAGGUUUAUUUAUUUAAAAAGUCAAUAUAUGUGUUUUAUUACA